UUUGACGUCGAGGCUAUCGGUUUACCUAGUAUGAAAAGAAAACGAAGUGAAUACAAGAAUAAUUCAGAUGAAAACUAUGAUUACUUAAAAUUACAAGCUGAAUUUGAUAAACAAAUCAAAGAAGUUGUUAAAUCUAAUGAUACAUUAAACUACACCAAUGUUAAAGAAGAAGAAUCUGUUAAAGAUAUUUUGAAAGAACUGGUAGAGAUAAAGAAACCUAGAAAUUGUACUGAAGAAGAAAGAAAAGGGAUAGGUUUGGCUGCUGUAGAGUGUUUGUGGAGUGAUUUACAAAAACCAAAGUUGAAAAGUCACGUAUUAGAAAGAAUAUUAAGAAUAGUCUUGAUAUGGAUCUGUGUUUACUUAGUCAUUGCGCUUCCAUGUUGGUGUCAAUAUGGAUGGUGUUGCUGCUGUUUCACAUGCAAAUUUUGUAAACCACGUGAAAGCAUUGAAGAAGUUAAACAAUUUUUUGCACAAAAUCCACCAGGAACAUUUCACGAUAAAGAUGGAAAUGUCAUCAAAUACACCCCAACCAAAUACGAAAAAUACGCUCAAAAGAAGCUCGAAAAUCAAUUAAGAAAUUUAUGA